AUGCUGUGUAGCAUUAAGAGUAUGAUUCUGGUGUGCGUGUUCGUUCUGACUGGUCGUAACGAUGCUGCUCCGACGAUGGAGCAGCGUAUGACGUCGAGCAAGAUGAGCACGAUGGAUCUAGACAGCUCCGCCACUGGAUACGUGUACAAUCAGCAACAGGGUCUUCCGGUCUACUACGUGCAGUACACCAAUCACGGAAGUGGACGUUACUACCAUACACCGGACCACCACCAGCUGCAGUACGUUGCCGGUGGUACACCUGUUGCUCACGUUGUUCCUCACGCGAAUCCGUCUCUGCUCCCCUAUGCAACCGCGGAGGAUCCUCCGCGCCACGCUGGCCAAGGAACUGGCAAUUACGGUAACGAGCAAUCGCUGGAACACGGGGCUCAGACCGUCGAGUCUGAGCCAAGCGCGCCGUAUCACGGCGAUGGAAAGAUUCGCCUGAACGACGGGGUUGGAGAGGAGAAAUCGCAGGGAGAGAGCAUCGAGGAGGAUCACGACGGCGAGGAGAAGGAUGGGUACGGUGUCGAUGAGAAGAUUCACGGUGGAUCCGGUGGAUCAACGAAGAACUUCGGAUAUGGCGGUGGUUAUGGUCAUGGGGGAAUUGGUAAAUCUCGGGGGGAUGGAGGAGCUUCGUUUGAAGCUGGAAAUGGGGAACAGCACGCGGCUGAAAAGUAUUCGGAGGGAGGGGAGAAUGGCGAGAAGGGGUAUGAGACGAGGGAGAAGUAUAGCAAAGGUGAACGGGGAUCGAAGGAUGAUGAACAUCAAGAGGGGUAUUACAAGAACAAAGGUGGACACAAGAAGGGACACGUAGACGAGGCCGAGGAGCACGGUUCUCACGAAGAGGAGGAAGGAGGAAAAGAUGGUAGCAACUACGGGCAUUUGUCGCACCACAAGAAAGGACACAAAACUAAUGGUUUCCACAAUGUCUACCACAAGGACGAGUAUAAGAAGGAGUCGGACUUCUACGACGAUGACCAUAAGAAGGGUCAUUUCGACGAGUACGAGGAAUUCGACAAAGGUUACAAGAGCGUGGAAGGUGGUUUUAAGAAAGGCGGACAUCAUUCUUCGGACCACGAUGACCAGGACAGCGGAAGGAAGGGUUAUUACGACAAGGGUCACCGUGACAGUCAGGAUCAAGGUCACAAGAACGAAGAGGGCGAGAAUUCGUACUAUUCGAAUCACGAGGAUUAUGGCGCCGAAGAAGAUUCGAAAUCUGCUAAAAUGCACAAGUUCCAUAAAGGAGAUCAUUGA